AUGGCAACCGGCCUGAAGCCUGGGAUGCAAAGUGUAGUUGUAGUGGGCGCUGGGCCUGUAGGCUCUUUGGCGGCACUGUAUGCAGCCUCGCACCAUGACAACGUGGAAAUUUACGACAUUCGCCCUGAUGACGUCCAGAACCCAUCUUGUCAUUCUCCAAUGUUUCGAAAAUCGAUCAACUUCACUUUGUCAGAACGCGGUCUUAGAGCAAUGCGACAGUCCAAGCACAAGGGUUUCGUCGAUGCCGUCGCGCAAGCAGCUAUCCCCAUGAAUGGUAGAAUGAUACAUGGAAAAAGUGCCUCGGGAAGGCUCCAGGAGUCUUUCCACCCAUACGAUAUCAAUGGGAACACCGUGUAUUCAGUGGAACGUAUGGCACUAAAUAAAGCUCUCCGUAAGGCACUCGAAGAGACCCCAAACAUCAAGAUCCACUUCAACCACAGAUUUGUCAGAGCCAACUUCUGUGCUCGCAAAGCUUGGUUCAAACAACAAGAACCAUCCUCACCAGAGGUAGAGGUCAACUUCGAUUUCUUAAUCGGUGCAGAUGGAGUCCAUUCCGCAGUUCGAUAUCAUAUGAUGAAAUACGCCUAUACAGAUUACGAACAAAAGUAUGUUGACACUAGGUGGUGCGAGCUGCGAAUACCACCGUCUGCAGAUGGUCACUUUAGCUUGUCCCCCGGUCAGGUCCAUAUCUGGCCCAGUGGGGACUUCACGCUUGUCGGGUUUCCAUGUCCGGACAAAUCGUUCAACUGCACCUUGUUCGGCCCGUCUGCACGCCUAGAUUUCAUAAAAAGCUCACCACGCGCGAAGCUGUUCGAUUUCUUCGACACCUACUUCCCCGGAAUCUGUCCCCACAGAAUCUCCAGGGAGUCUCUCAAGACCCAAUUCCACGAGAAUCCCCACCUGCCACUCGUCACGGUCAAAUGCAAUCCGCACCAUUUCGGGUCCAGUGCCGUGAUUAUCGGCGAUGCGGCACAUGCCAUCCUCCCAUUCUACGGGCAGGGUCUGAAUGCAGGCAUGGAAGAUGUCCGGGUCCUCUUCAAUAUGCUAGAAAAGAAAGGCGUGUAUGCCGCAUCAGACCCACAGGCUCGGAACGAGGCCCGAUCACUGGCGUUCCAGGCAUACACGGCAGAGCGCGUGCAUGAUGUGCAUACAAUCCAUAAUGUAGCGGAGCGCGCCUAUUUUGAGAUUAGGCAAGGGGUAAAUACUCCGAUUUACAGAACCAGAAAAUAUAUCGAAGACAGCCUGCAACGACAUGUGCCGCAGCUAGGGUGGCAGACCAUGCAUUCACGGAUCAGCUUUACCGAGCAGCGAUAUUCGGAGAUAGUUCGCGCCGACCAACGCCAGGGCAAGAUACUUGCUGCCGGUGUGGCGUUGGCUUUCUUUCUGAUUGUCUCCAUCGGUAUGAUUAUUAUCGGCUUUCUUAUCGAUAGUAUGGUGUACUAUGAGUAA